AUGCAGUGCAUGAAGAUGGAAUUUACAAUUAAAUACACAUGGGAUGGUUUACCUGUGAGCCAUGAGCCAGUGACAGUUGUGCUGAAGUUGGACAAUGCAGGACUGCUAAUGGAAGUUAAUGCUCCCUUCUUUAAUGAUCCUUCAGCACCACUUGGAAAGCCAGGGAAACCUUUCAGUAGACUGUGGGACUAUGAGGUUGUAGAAGCAUUUUUCCUGAGUGACAGAACUGAACAGUAUUUAGAAGUUGAACUUUGUCCCCAUGGGCAACACUUGGUACUGCUGCUUUCUGGCAAAAGAAGAGUAUGGAAAGAAGAACUUCCUUUAGAGGUUGAGGUGACAAGAAUGAAAACCAAAUGGGAGGGUAAAGCUCAUCUUCCUUGGAAUUAUUUUCCACCACAUACUAGCAAGUUCAAUGCAUUUGCAAUUCAUGGCUCAGGAGAAGAGAGAAAAUAUGAAGCGCUUUAUCCUGUGCCUCAACAUGAACUACAGGAAGGACAGAAACCAGAUUUUCAUCGCCUGGAAUUUUUCAAAGAUUUGAACCUGAAAGGACUAAUGGGAGAAGAUUGGGAGCAGCCUGAUUCAGAUAUAUGGAAGUCUCUCCCUAAUUAA